AUGUCGACUGCGGAGGCGGAACCGAUCGCCGCGCGGAGCAGCCCCGCGGAGGAGAACAAGGAAGCGGAGGAAAGAGGGGGAGUUCUGGGAGGCGACGUGGAGCGGCUGGAAGCGGCUUUUGCGCUGGACUCAACUGUCCCUUGCGACAACGCGGGCGACAGGACGGGCGACAACGCGGGCGACAACACGGGCGACACCGAGGAGCUCGUUCGGCUUCGCGAGGCACUGCGCGGAUUCCGGAUGCCCGCGGAAUGGGAGCCGCACGAUGGGUGUUGGAUGAUCUGGCCCGAGCGCCCUGACAACUGGCGCGACGCAGCGGUGCCAGCUCAGCAGGCGUUCGCAGCGGUGGUGGCGUGCAUCAGCCGAUUCGAGCCUGUGCGCAUGCUGGUGUCUGGCGCACAGUGGCGGAAUGCGCGGCAGCAGCUGCCAGCAUCAGUGCGUGUGAUAGAGAUGAGCAGCAACGACGCGUGGGCCAGAGACAUAUGCCCCACUAUGGCGGAGCUCAUACCUGCGUGCACGCGCCACCGCACCUCACUCGUCAUGGAGGGGGGUUCCCUGCAUGUGGAUGGAGAAGGCACGCUCAUCACCACGGAGCAGUGCCUGCUGCACCGCAGCCGCAACCCCACUCUCUCACGAGCUGCCAUCGAGAGCCACCUGUGCGCUCUCCUGGGUGUCUCCACCGUCAUCUGGCUGCCCCGGGGCCUACAAGGGGACGAGGACACGGAUGGGCAUGUGGACAACGUGGCGUGCUUCGUGGCGCCCGCACAUGUGCUGCUCGCGUGGACUGACGACCCCUCCCACCCGCAGUACCCAGUGUGCCAAGCAGCGCAUGAGGUGCUGUGCUCAGCUCGGGACGCUAAGAACCGGCCCCUGCGCAUCACACACCUCCCGCUGCCACCCGCACUCUACUACUCACACCAAGACGUGCAAGGCCUUGCACAGGAGGGGGCCCACGCCCAGCGCCAAGCAGGAGACCUGAUGGCAGCAUCCUACAUCAACUUCUACCUCCCAAAUGGUGCGGUUGUGGCACCUGCAUUUGGCAUCCCAUCUAGUGACAAGCGUGCAUUUGAAGUGAUACAGAAGGUUUUUCCACACCGUGAGGUGAUCAUGAUCCCAGAAGCGUCACAUGUCACCAUCUCAAUCUGUAGAUCUCUGCAUGCUGGCAGCGCGCGCAAGGGAGCCCCCUUUGCGGACUUCUCGAUCAGGAGUGCAAUGGCGACGCAAAACCCCUUCGCGCUGCUUGAUGGUGACGACAACGACGACCCCCAGGCCCUGCUGUCCCGCGUCGCGGCCGAACCUGUGAAGGUCGACGCGAGCAAAAAGGCUGCCGCUAAAGGCGCCAAGCCCGCUCCUGCUGCUGCCAAGCCUGCUGCUGCUACCACUGCACCUGCUCGCUCCGGCUACAACCGCGGAGGUCGCGGCGGCGGUCGCGGCGGAUACGGCGGACGCGGUGGCGACUACCAGACGUUCAACGAGCCGCGCGACAAUGGCCGCGCGUUCAUCGCGGAGCGCCAGGUUCGCGGGGAAGACGGCGAGAACCGCACGUCGUUCGCGGAGCACCACCACGGCGACCUGCGGAGAGGCGGCGGAAGGGGGGGGCGCGGUCGCGGCUAUGGGCGCGACGGGGGCCAGCGCCGCCCGCACCGCGAGUUCGACCGCAUGAGCGGCACCGGCCGUGGCGGGGAGAUCAAGCGCGAGGGGGCUGGCCGUGGCAACUGGGGCAGGGAGGGCGAAUACCUUGGCGAUGAGACUGUCGCGCCCGCAUCCGGGGAGGCGGAGCCGAAGGCGGAGGGCGAGUCGGCGGAGGCGGCGGCGGAGGUCGCAGCGCCGGAGCCCCCUGUGCUGAGCGAGGAGGAGCUCGCAGCCCAGGAAGCUGCGCGGAAGGAGAAGGAAGAGGAGGAGAAGCAAAUGACGCUGGAGGAGUACGAGAAGGUGCUGGAGGAGAAGCGCAAGGCGCUGGCGGCGAGCAAGGCGGCGGCGCGCGUGGUGGAGGUGGACGAGGAGAUGGCCAAGAUGACGCUCAAGAAGAAGGCUGAUGGCGAUGACGUCUUUGUCAAGCUGGGAGAGGAUAAGGAGAAGGCGGCGAGGAAAAAGGACGAGGACCGUCCCAAGACGGUGAACAUCAACGAGUUCCUCAAGCCUGCAGACGGCCAAACCUUCCACUACCGCAAUCCCCGCGGCGGUCGCGGUGGAGUCAACAUGUCAGAUCACUACACGCGCGUUAAAGCGCAGCAAGGAGGCGUGCCUUCGCGCGUGGUAGGCUGUCUCCUAGGCGUGCAGUCGGGUCGCGUUGUGGAGAUCUUUAACUCGUUCGAGGUGAUUUACGAGGCGCGAGGCGGUGACGGUGCCGGGAGCAGCAGCAAUCCGCCAGAAGCCAUGGAUGGCGGCUCGGGCGAACCUGAAAUCGUUAUUGAUCGUAGUUUCCUCACCGUCAAAAUGGAACAAUACAAGAAGGUGUUCCCCAAGUACGACGUGCUGGGGUGGUACUCGACGGGCACGGACGUGCGCCCUGCUGACAUGCACGUGCACAAGGCGCUGAUGGACAUUAACGAGAGCCCCAUCUAUCUGCUGCUCAACCCCGCCAUCAACCCUGCUGGAAAGGACCUCCCCAUCUCCAUCUUCGAAAGCGAGCUGCAUGUGAUAGACGGUGUGCCGUCACUCAUCUUCGUCUCUUCCACAUACACUAUCGAGACGGUGGAGGCGGAGCGCAUAUCAGUGGACCACGUGGCACACAUCAAGCCGUCCGAUGGCAGCUCAGCAGCCACUCACUUGGCAGCGCACCUAACAGGCAUGCACAGCGCCAUCAAGAUGCUAACCACGCGGGUCAGACUACUGCACAGCCACCUAGCCGCCAUGGAAUCAGGUGCAGUGCCGUACGACCACUCAGUGACGCGCCAGGUGUCCAGCCUCAUCCGCAGGCUGCCAGCUGUCGACUCCGACCGCUUCCACCGCCACUUCCUCACUGAAUUCAACGAUACACUCCUCAUGACAUACCUCGCCAGUAUCACCAAAUCAACGAACACGAUAAACGAGCUAGUGGAUCUAUUUGAUGUGGUGUACGACAAGCAAUCGCGCAGAGCAGCUCGCACGGCGUUUGUCUAG